AUGGCUUCCUCUUCCUCUUCCACCGGGGCGCAAAUAAACCAGAAACUCGAUGCCCUACCUCCAGCCAUCGCAGAGAGGCUACCCCACAUUCCGGAGUCAAAGGCCGAAUUGAAGGACGACGCAAAGGUAGCUGGACAGAAAUCCCUCCAGGGGUUGAGAAGUUUGGCAGCGGGAGGUUUCGGCGGCGUGUGUGCGGUCGUCGUUGGGCAUCCCUUCGACCUGGUUAAGGUCCGGCUACAGACCGCAGAGCGCGGCGUCUACAGCAGUGCGAUCGAUGUUGUGAAGAAGAGUAUCGCGAGGGAUGGAUUGAGGAGGGGAUUGUAUGCGGGGGUCAGUGCGCCCUUGGUGGGCGUAACUCCUAUGUUUGCCGUGUCUUUCUGGGGAUACGAUGUUGGAAAAGGUCUGGUCCGCCGCUUCUCCACCGUUGAGAACGAUCAGCUCUCCGUCGCACAGGUCUCAGCCGCAGGCUUCUUCUCUGCCAUCCCCAUGACCAUCAUCACCGCCCCGUUCGAGCGUGUCAAGGUCAUACUACAAGUCCAAGGGCAAAAGCAGCUGGCUCCUGGAGAGAAGCCGAAAUACAGCGGCGGCGUGGAUGUCGUGCGCCAAUUGUACAAAGAAGGCGGCAUCCGUUCGGUAUUCCGGGGCUCCGCAGCGACAUUGGCAAGGGAUGGCCCUGGGUCCGCCGCCUACUUCGCGACAUACGAAAUCAUCAAGCGAAAACUCACGCCGGUCGACCCUGAGACGGGGAAGGCGAGCGGAAAUCUGAGUCUGGUUGCUAUUACCACCGCCGGUGCGGCAGCAGGUGUUGCUAUGUGGAUUCCUGUGUUCCCGGUUGAUACCGUGAAGAGUAGACUGCAGACCAUGGAGGGCAACCCCACGGUGGGCGGCGUUAUCCGUGGACUAUAUAGGAAUGGAGGACUCAAGGCUUUCUUCCCAGGAUUUGGACCCGCUCUUUGCAGAGCUGUACCUGCGAACGCGGCGACAUUUUUGGGAGUCGAGCUGGCGCAUCAAUUCAUGAAUAAGACCUUUGGAUGA